AUGCGUUUCUCCAUCGCCCUCGCUGCCACCUCCCUCCUGGCCCUCACCGAGGCCCGCAUCGUCGGCAUCAGCGUCCCCAAGACCAUCAAGCCCGGUGAGGACUUUGAGGCCAUCAUCAUCAGCGAAAACUACAUCCAGAGCGUCUACGACGUUGCCAUCGCCUUUGGCUACUCACCUGGCAAGGGCUUCCCUGGCUCUCUCGGUCAGGUCGCCGACUCUUUCUAUCUCGGUCCUGACGAGUCUAACCAGCUCCACAACUUCAACAAGACCAUCAAGAUCCCUACGGAUGCCGUCAAGGGAGAGGGUCUUGUCACUGCCUCCCUCUUCAGCCUGUACGGCGCCGCCAGCGCUCCCACCCUCAGCGACUACAAUGUUUCUGUCACCUUUGGAGACAAGACCAGCAAAGAGUACAAGGCUAGCAACAGCCAGUAA